GGACAGGUGGAGGAAAAUAUAUUUUAGCUUUUAGCUAAAAAAAAAAACAAAAACAAAAAAGGCGACAAAUGGACGACAACAAAACGGCGCUGGUCGAGAGCCUCAUCGUAUGGCUGCAGACGUUCAACACUCCCGCACGCUGCACGACAGUGGAGGAGCUGACUACUGGAGCGGCAAUGUCACAGGCGCUGCAUCAAAUAGACCCAGCGUGGUUCACUGAAGCGUGGCUUGGUCGCAUCAAAACAGAUGUUGGGGACAACUGGAGACUGAAGAUGAACAACCUGAAGAAGAUCCUUCAGAUGGUGGUUGACUAUUAUAAUGAGGUCUUAGGCCAGGAAAUCUCCAACUUUCCCCUGCCAGAGCUGCCGCUGGUGGCGGAGCAUUCAGACCCUGUGGAGCUGGGGAGGCUGCUGCAGCUCAUUCUGGGCUGCGCUGUCAGAUGUGAGCGCAAACAAGAAUACAUUCAGAUCAUCAUGACCCUGGAGGAGUCUGUGCAGCAUGUUGUCAUGACAGCCAUCCAGGAGCUCAUGAGUAAAGAGAUCAUGGCCCCAUUUGGAGCAGAGCUGUCAGGGGACUUGGAACAGCAGCUUAAAAAAGCCCUGGAGGACCUUGCUGAAGCUAUGGGAGAAAAGGAAGCACUCGCCCAACGCUGUCAAGAGCUGGACAUACAGGUGGCUGUUCUUCAGGAGGAACGGAACAGUUUAUUGGCUGAGAAUGAUGUCCUAACGGACCGAGCCAAUCAGCUGGACACGUUCGACGACCCGAGCACGCCCUCAGGAAGAAAACACAAUCAGUUACAGCAGCAGCUGGAAACCCUUCAGGAGGAGAACUUCAGGCUGGAGGCUGCUAAGGAUGACUACCGGAUCCACUGUGAAGAGUUGGAGAAGCAGCUGAUUGAGGUUCAGCACCGUAAUGACGAACUCACCAGCCUGGCGGAGGAAUCACGAGCUCUCAAAGAUGAACUGGAUGUCCUGAGGAACUGCUCUGAUCGGGUCGUGAUGCUCGAGGCCUCGGUGGAAACGUACAAGCGUAAACUGGAGAAUCUGGGUGAUCUAAAGAGGCAGAUGAAGCUGUUGGAGGAGAAUAAUAUGACCUACAUGCAAAACACCGUCAGUCUGGAGGAAGAGCUGCGCAAGGCCAACGCUGCCCGUGCACAGCUGGAGACAUACAAGAGACAGGUCCAGGAGCUACACAAGAAGCUGUCUGAGGAGAGCAGGCGGGCAGACAAUCUGGCUUUUGAGAUGAAAAAGUUGGAGGAGAAGCAUGAAACUGGGAUGAAGGAGAAAGAGAGGAUCAUCAUUGAGAGAGAUUCUCUGAAGGAAAUCAACGAGGAGCUGCGGUGCACUCAGGCUCAACAGCACCAGCUCUCCCAAGCAGGGAUGCUUUCCUCUGGCAGUCCCAGCCACGAUAACCUGGCAGCUGAGUUAAUACCUGUAGAGUACAGAGAAAAGUUCAUCAGGUUGCAGCACGAGAAUAAGAUGCUGAGAGUGCAGCAGGAGGAAUGUGAGCGGGAGAAGAUCGCUGCCCUGCAGGCUCAGCUGGAGGAUGCUCAUAAGACGCGCAGUGAGCUGGACACUGAGAACAGAUUGAGUCGAGAGCGGAUCAGUGAGCUGCAGCAGCAGGUCGAGGACCUUCAGAAGGCUCUGCAGAGUCAGGCGGCCAAACCUGAUGAUUCAAACCUGAAGCGAAAACUUGACGCGCACAUGGUCCAGCUGAACGAGGCUCAGGACGAAAUCAUGAAGAAGAAAGAGCUGCUGGAGGAUCUUCAGCCAGACAACACUCAAACCUCCUUGAAGGUGGAUGAGCUGAUGGCAGCUCUGAAGAAGAAGGAUGAUGACAUGCGGGCCAUGGAAGAGAGGUACAAGAUGUACCUGGAGAAAGCUCGCAAUGUCAUCCGAGCACUGGACCCUAAGCUGAAUCCUGCGACUGCUGAGAUCCAGGCUCUGAGGAACCAGUUGGCAGACCGGGACAAGCAGAUUCUCACCCUGGAACGUCAGUGUGAGCAGGCCAGACUGAGAGAGUACGAGGAGAAGCUCAUUGUCACAGCCUGGUAUAACAAGAGUCUGAACUUUCAGAAGCUGGCCAUCGAGUCCCGCCUCGGGGGUCGCACUCCCUCCGUGCUGUCACCGGGGCAGUCCUUCCUGUCGCAGCAGCGGCAGGUGUCGAAUGCCCCACGCCGGGCGCUUUCCAUCAAUGUGCCUGCCACUACCUCCAAGUAGACGCACCACGGAGCCAAACAUCAUUCAACGAAGGCAAAAAAAAAAUAAAAAUAUAUAUAUAUAUCCUCUCUCCCUCCCACAAGUGAGCACUCAAGUGGCCUUAAACACAAUCUGCUCUCAGCACUUGGGGACGAGUAAAGGAUAAGCUGAUUGGGAUCAAUGAGCACUUACUUAUCAAACACAACCUUAAGGCUCACCCACCUGAGGUUAUAGUAAACUGUCCCACUAUACACUAGCCUGAAAGCUGAGCUUACAUAGCACAUUAACCCACAACCUGCUUUCACCUCACUAGCUACAGUAACGCACAACUUUCUGUAUAUUCCCAUUCUGCCCCCGUGUUCGUGCUUUACCGUCUGCAGACUCAGCUAAAUACUCGCUAUAAUCAGUUUAGCCUUGUCCCUCUCAGAUCCUGUCAUAGUUGGUCAGGAAUGAGAGACAUGUACAUGACUGCUUAAUAAUUUUAUUCAGAUUUGGAGCCUAUUAUAGUAAUGAAUGUGAUUUUUCUUCUUUUUUUUUUUUAAACAAGGGUUACUUGAAUGCUAAUCAACUAAAUGUAACUUCAGAUUAUUGUAAGUACGAACUGUACCAUCAUACUAUGCAGUGAAGGGGGGGUACUGAUAUCGUCGCACAGCAGACUGAUGAAACAAGCUUUGACAAAAUGCUAAAUGCUCUAUUUGGUGCUGGCCACCAACUGCUUUUACCGAUUUAACAUCAGUCUCUUCACAAAGUUUUUACUAAAAAUGGAACAAGUCCAUCAUACGAAGCUGUGAAAGUCCUACAAGUCAUAUUGAACCACAAACAACCUUUAAAGGUGCUGCAGCGACAAAUCCUACAGAGUAAAUUCAGGAAUUGUGUAUUUAUCAGUUAUUUUCUAUAUUCCCAGAGUGUGAUUUGACCUCUCAAUGAAAACCGGCAGGUCUUUCUAUUCGCUGAAUCUUAUUUAGUAAAGAGUAGUCCAGACUAUAAUCUAUGAAGUUGUACAGUUGUAAUGUAAACAUGAUUUAAACACCAGCUUUUGAUCCAAAUGUCACAACCAGGUUAAUCAUUCAUUCAGUACCUGCAAAUUGUAACUCGAGAAUUUCAAUGACCGUAGUCGGCAUUUAAUCUCAGAAAUGUUUUCAGGCCGUUUAGUGGAAGUUCAGAGUAAAGAGCGCUGUACUGUAGAGAAGCAGGGGAAUGUCUUGGAUAUUGUGGGUUAUUAGUUGUCUGAUGCUACGGACUUUAAGUUAAACUGCACUAGUUUGUCAACGUAAAACGGCUGCUGAUUGCCUUCUCUCUUUGUAUGUUUGCAACAACACUUACGAGGCAUUCUGUUAUCAUGGUUUUUGCCAUAUGUGAUGAAUAGAUGUACGUUAAGGCGCUUAAAUUCUUGUUUUUGCCGUGGAUGAUUCUCGUAGGUUGCUGAUUGAAAAGCAGUUUUGCUCGUCUAAAAAUAUGGACGAUCAAUCAUAGCACGGCGCGGAAACUACGCGAGAGGUGUCGUAUGUUUGUGUGUAAAUGAAGAAACAUGAGAAAGGCAUUAUGAAUUUUCAGGAAUUUAAGAAGGUACAAUUUUAAAGCCUUUGGUUUUUCUUGUGAAUAAAUAAACUCUUUUUUCUAAAAGUGUA